UCAAAACCUCCGUCUCUUGUGCGUGAUCGUUUUCUUUCGGCUUUCGGCUACAGAAAGGAAAGCUGCAGAGGAGGCAGCUACCGCCAGCUGUUAUUAGUGCGCGGUAAUCAAAUGCUCGCAGGGACUCAAUUUGUGGGGAAUCUGUGAAUCUUCCACACUUCUGAAACAUGAGAAGAUUCUUUUUCUUUGGGUCCUCCGCUACAAAUGCUGGUGAGGAAAAUAGGACACUGGGCAAUGAUAGCACGACCAAGCAUAAAAAGACACUGGAGGCAGGAGAUGAGGGCAAGGAGAGUUCUGGUUCCUGCAGCACAAGGUUGUCAAGAUCCAAAAGCCGGUGUCAAAAGCGGAAUAAGGAGGAACCAGGCAAUCCGAAGCAGCUCAGGAGGUCCAUGUCAUUCUCAUCCCCGGCCAGAAACAGUUGCGUGGACGAACGAUGCUUUAGCUUCUCUGGUGAUGUUCCAUGCGCAUUGUAUGAUGAAUCCGAUGCACCUCAGCAUCCCAAAGAUGUUGUCCCCAACAUGUGGUCACCAGAAAGAAAUCCAGUAUUGAGAGAAUAUGCAAUAAAGAUCCCGAAAGAACAUUCUGCCAUGGAAAAUGAUUCUCCUCGUUCAAGAUGUUGUUCAUGCUCAGCAGGGCACUCUCCUGUUAGCUCUCCCAUUGCUCCUCGAUGCAGGCCAACAAGAGUAAGCAAUUUAUUAAACAAGAAUGAAGUACUAGAUCGAUACAUUGAUAGAGGGCAUGAAGAUGCAACAGUAAAUGAGAAACAGAAGCAGUACUCCUCUGCCGCAUCUAUGGUUUCUAAUUUGGGAAGGCCACCUCGACCCCAAUCAACAGUACCAUCUGUACCAAAGUCAACGAAAGAUACUGCAGAGAGCUACCCAGAUGUGGACCUAAAAGAUGCCUGCCUUCGGCGAAUUGCUCAAGAGGGUACAGGGGAUACCUGCAAGAUUACAGUUAUGUGCAAUGUAGGUAGAAACCAUUUAAGCAUGUCAGAUGCUUUUGAGAGAGAAAGUGCUACUUCUGUUGAAGAUAUUUAUGAAGAUUUGCAAGAUGUGAGACCUCCAAGUGUUAUUUGUCCCUCCACUUCUCCUACUUCAGGGGAGGAAGAAACUGAUGACAGGUUGCUUCAAAGAGCUAAAGAAGUUGAGUCAAGGUUUAUUGUUCCUUGUGGAGAAGAAUAUGAAUUCAGCAUGCUCAGAGAUAAGCGAAUGAGCUCAAAUGACGUGUUUCAAUUGAUCCAACAAUUGACAGAAGAUAGGAAACAGUUAGCACAUGAACUGUCUUCACAGAUCAAGGCACGUGUUGCAGAAAGAUUUUCCGCCAAAGAGCAAUACAAGCAAUCAAAGAAAGAGUUAGAUACCAGAACUAGGAGGCUGGAGAAGGAGAAGAGUGAAAUACAAACUGCACUUGAGAGAGAGAUGGACAGAAGGUCACAUGAUUGGUCUGUCAGACUUUCAAGAUUUCAAUCUGAAGAAGAGAGACUACAUGAACGGGUGAGAGAACUUGCAGAGCAAAAUGUCUCAUUUCAGAGAGAAGUUACUUUUCUAGAAGCAAAUAAGGCUGAAGCUUCAACUAAAGCUGCAAGUUUGGAAAUGCAAAACAGCAAACUAAAUGAUGAUAUAGAGAAACUCAGAAUGGAGCAUGAGAAGCUCCAUAAUUCCUCAGUAGAUUUGCAUGCUCGUUUUGCUGAGGUCGUGGAGGAAAGGGACCACAUCCGGGAAUACCUGAAGGACAAGGAGGGAGAGAACAAAGCAUCGCACAAAGUGAUUGCAAGACUACAAACAGCAUGCAAUGAACAGGAAAGGACAAUUACAGGCCUGAGACAAGGAUGUAGAGCUGAAUUAGAUGAGAACUUUGUUGAGUGUGCCAGUGAUAAAACAAGGAGAUUGCAAAUAGAACUUAUUAGAUUGACAGGGGUGGAGCAAAAGUUGAGAGGCGAAAAUCGAUCUUGUCAUCUUGAAGUAGAGUCCCUCAGACAAGAGAAUAUUGCACUCUUAAAUCGUAUGCAAGGUGCUGGAAAUGGAGCAACCUUCUGCUCAAUUCGCCUUGACCAAGAGCUUCAGGCUAGAGUGGACAGCUUACAGAUGCAAGGCUUGUCAUUGCUUGAUAAGAUUAGUCAACUUUGCACCAAAUUGUUGGAUUUGAUCAAACGCAAGAAACUUGAAAAUGAAUCUUUCAGUGGCAAUGAUGUGUUAACCGUCAGUGAUUACAGUUUUGAGUACCAGAGCAUCAAAGGAGGAAUUGAAAGUCUGAAGCGAAGUUUGAAGACAAUCAAUUCUGUACUAAAUGAAAAGCUAAAUGUACAAGAACAAUCUGGUGAGAUUGCAGCUGGAAGCAGUCCUUCCAGGGAGGAAACGGAUGAUUUUGAACUCAAGCUGAAAGAAGAGGCUAUGCUGAGCAGAGUACUAAAGGAGGCAGUCUUGUCAAAGGAACUUGACAUUGAACAAUUGGAAGCGGUUCUAGCAUCUUCACUCCGUAUCCAAGAUGUUAUGAGAAACGAGAUCCAGAGAGUUCAGGAUGAACUUUCUUGCAUCACCCACAAGGCUAAGCAGUUAGAGCUUCAGGUAUCCAAGAAGGAUGAAGCAAUGAAUGAGAUACAGCAGGAUUUCCAAGAAUCUGCAAAGGAACUUGCCGCUCUCCGCGGGGCACUAAAAACAGUGACCGAAGAGAGGGACCUGUCGUGGCAGGAAGCAAAGCAGCUGAGAAGAAACAUGAGCAUCAUGCAGAAUGAGGUGGUGUCACUGAAGAAGAAGAUCGAAGCCCUGGACGAAGACAUACUUGUCAAGGAGGGGCAGAUCACGAUACUGCAGGAUAGCAUCGACAAGCCGUUCGACAUCAUCUGCAGCCCCAGGUCGUUGAGGGAGUUUGACAUGGAGUUAAGAGUGUGACGCCAAGAACAUUUUGUUUUUACACCAUGCAUGGUCCUUAAAGAUAUUAUGUUUAUUCCCUGAAAGACAGAGACGCUUCGACAGUGUCUUGCAGUACACCAUAGUGUGUGUGUAUAUAUAUAUAUAAAUGUUCUAGUAUGAUACA